AUGUUUGUAUUACAAUUUGCUAAUGGCGGAGACUUGAGAAGCCAUUUAAAAGCAAAACAUGAAGAGGGGCAUUAUAAAAUAUUAUGGACUGAACUUAUUGGAAUAGCGAAAGCCAAAUCUUCAGAAGGUGUAAACAACACCGUUUCUUCUACUCUACUUAAUACAAUCUCAAAUUCGAAUAAACAUGAGAAAAUACAAAUAACUACAUUUAAAGAUGAUGGCAAUUCUUCAACAGAGCAGGUCAUUAUGAGCACAGGAGCUAAUAUAUAUAAUUAUGAAGAAUUUGAUUUUAUUGAGAAAAUUGGCGAAGGUGGAUUUGGUCAAGUUGAAAAGGCAUAUUGGAAAAACAAAGACAAACCUGUUGCCCUUAAAAGUCUAAAAGUUAAAAUGCACUCAAGUAAAAAUAUUAUCAAGGAAUUAAUUAGAGAGUAA